AUGGCAGUAUCAUACAGCUUUAUCAGCUUCUCUGUUGUGAGUUUGAAACCCAAGUGGGGCAGCUACUUGGCACUGACCAGAGAUCAGCGGAUUAAACACUGGGUUUCCCAGCGUUCCUUCUCCUCCAAACCCAGUACAUCCUUAAAUGAUAUUGGCUUUCAACAGCUAGGGCGUAAAAAGAAACCAAAUUUACCUGGACGUUGGAAAAGUCAAAAUGUUGGACAGGAACGUCGUGUUGAGGUCUGCGAAGGAAAGAGUUCAGAAUUCGGAUGUAAGGACGGUGGCUUAAUUAACGUCGUCAAGGCUUUAUAUGGGCGAUUGAACAGGCAGCAAUGCAAUCGUCACACUGCAUUAUACAACACCAAUUGUCGGUCCUCCGUAUCUCUGGAGAAGGUCAAGGCCGGGUGUCAAGAUAAAAGUCACUGCGUAUUGACUGCAAGUAAUGGUGUGUUUGGUGAUCCGUGUCGAGGAACUUACAAAUAUCUAGAAGUCACAUACAAAUGUGUACAACCAGAAACUUGUGGGAAAUAUCCAAAGUGUCAUCCCAAUGCCGUGUGUGUGAACAAUGAUCACUGUGAGUGUAAGGCUCCUUACCAGGGUGACGGCAUCAAAGGAUGUUACCCUGUUUGUUUUUGCCAAGCAAGCGGGGACCCACAUUACAGAAUGUUCGAUGGACAAAUUGUCCAUUUCAUGGGUACAUGUAAAUACACCUUGUCCCGCUACGACAAGAAGGGGGAUUCAUGCUCUUACGCAGUGGAGGUGGACGGUAAACAUGUUUAUCUCCCAUACAAGACAGACCAGUUUCAGAUAAUUUUAAGCGGCAGAUAUGUUCAGUUGGAAACCAGGUGUGGACUUGUGGUUCAAUUUGAUGGUACCCAUACUGCUAAAAUCCGGGUUCCUAACGUGUACGGAAAUGACUUAACUGGAAUGUGUGGUAAUUGUAACGAAAAUUCAACCGACGACCUGAAGGACUUUACACAGUUUCAGGUCGUGGAUGAUUCUGACCGUAAACGCUGUAAAAAAGAAGAGAGUUUCCAUCCAUGUGCAAAACAUCCAAAAUAUAGGAUAGAAGGAGAAAGCAAAUCUGUCUGCAGAAUAAUCAACCCAGCAAAUACGGCAAAAAAUCCCUUCUCCAGGUGUUUCACAAAUUCCAACCAGGAUGCCGAGGUUAUCUUCGGAUCGUGUGUAUACGACUACUGUGCGUUCAGGUUAGACAAUGAGGAUGGAAAAUAUCUCGAGGAUGUGUUGUGUGAUCAUGUCAGUAGUUUGGCUGGCCUGUGCGCCAGUAAAGGAAUCAUAGUCAAAUGGAGAACGUCCACGUUAUGUCCAUUGCUAUGUGGACCAAACUCCCACUACAGAGCAGAUAUGACAGCAUGUCCUGCCACCUGUGUGGACCCUGAGGCCCCGAAGACAUGUCCGAGGAACCCUGUAGAGGGUUGUGAGUGUGAUAGUGGGUAUGUCCUCAGUAAUCAACGCUGUGUACGCGAGGCCGAAUGUGGCUGUACUGAUGUGGACGGCGAGUAUUAUCCAUUAGGUACUAAGUUCGUUUCUAGUGACUGCUCAUUAGUAAAGCAGUGUAAAGCGGAAGGCGAUCAGAUGAAGAUUGUUAUCAAGGAAAGAAGGGUCCCAUGUGGUACUAACGCCGAGUGUAAAGCUAAGGACGGGGAAUACACGUGUGUAUGUAAGGCACGGCACACUGGAGAUCCCCUCAAGGGUUGUAAGGAAAUAAUUUGUAGACCUAACGCCCACUACGUUGAAAAGGUAUCCGCAUGUCCUGCUACUUGUGAGAACCCUACAGCUCCAGACAGCUGUACGAAACCCAUGACGGAAGGCUGUGCAUGUGACAAGGGCUUCGUUAGGAAUGAGGGACAAUGUAUCCGCGUUCAGGAUUGUGGAUGUAGAGAUGAGGAUGGGAAACGUUAUCGGGACGGUACUGAAUUCGUCUCGAGAGACUGUUCGGUGGUUAAAUAUUGUACAGUGAUAGGUAAUCAGAUGAAGAUUGUAGUCAAGGAAAGGAGGGGCCCGUGUGGCACUAAUGCCGAGUGUAAAGCUAAUGACGGAAAAUACGCGUGUGUAUGUAAAGCACGGCACACAGGAAAUCCCAGGAAGGGUUGUACGGACCUAACGCCCACUACGUUGAAAAGGUAUCCGCAUGUCCUGCUACUUGUGAGAACCCUACAGCUCCAGACAGCUGUACGAAACCCAUGA